CGUUCAUUUAAAAAUUAAAAAAAUUAAAUUAUUUUUUUUUUUCUUUUCCAUUUUUCUUUUUUAUUAUUUUUUGACGUCUUGUCGUCCCUUCCCUUUCUCGUAGUUCCUAUCAGAAGGCUGAGCAGUCGAUCGGUGCAGAACGACAUAUAUUCCCAUCCCUCUUCGUUUUAGUUAGUUAACUAACUGAAAUUCCUCUUCUUUUAUUUUUCUUCUUUCCACUUUUACCCUUCACUUGUAUUCUAAUUUAUCCUCCACUGCCACUGACAAAAACCCGCCAUGAUUUCAUGGAAGGAUCUCUAUACCGUCUUGACGGCUGUUAUUCCUCUUUAUGUCGCCAUGAUUUUGGCUUACGGCUCUGUCCGGUGGUGGAAGAUUUUCACGCCAGAUCAGUGCUCUGGAAUCAACCGUUUCGUCGCCAUUUUCGCUGUUCCUCUUCUCUCCUUUCAUUUUAUCUCUUCUAAUAAUCCUUACGCGAUGAACUUCCGUUUCAUUGCUGCUGAUACGCUUCAGAAGAUCAUUAUGCUAUUUCUUCUUGGGAUUUGGACUAAUGUCACGAAGAAUGGAAGCUUGGAAUGGAUGAUUACCAUUUUCUCUCUCUCCACGCUUCCGAAUACGCUGGUGAUGGGGAUUCCUUUGUUGAUUGCUAUGUACGGCGAGUACAGUGGGAGUCUGAUGGUGCAGGUGGUUGUGUUGCAGUGCAUUAUUUGGUACACGCUUUUGCUUUUUCUGUUUGAGUAUCGUGGUGCGAAGAUUCUCAUCAUGGAGCAGUUUCCCGAGACGGCUGCUUCGAUUGUGUCCUUUAAAGUUGAUUCGGACGUGGUUUCGCUGGAUGGGAGGGAUUUUCUGGAGACUGAUGCAGAGAUUGGGGACGAUGGAAAGCUUCACGUGACGGUGAGGAAAUCGAAUGCCUCUCGACGCUCUCUCGGGCCUUGUUCGCUUCCGGCAUUGACGCCGAGGCCGUCCAAUCUCACUGGCGCUGAGAUUUACAGUUUGCAUUCUUCUCGGAACCCUACUCCUCGAGGUUCGAAUUUCAACCACUCCGAUUUCUACUCUAUGAUGGGGUUUCAAGGCCGAUUGUCGAACUUCGGACCUGGUGAUUUAUAUUCGGUUCAAUCCUCCAGAGGUCCGACGCCGAGGCCGUCUAAUUUUGAGGAGAACUCUGCCGCUCAGGCUCAGACGGCAUCCCCGAGGUUCGGAUUUUACCCGGCCCAAACUCUGCCUUCGUCUUACCCGGUUCCGAACCCUGAGUUCACCAAAACCCCUAAAAUCACUCAGCCACCACCGCCGUCUCAUCUACAGCAGCAGCAACCGCCACCGCCACCGCCACCGCAGCCACAGCCGCAGAACAGUAAAGCUAACCAUGACGCGAAGGAGCUACACAUGUUCGUUUGGAGUUCAAGUGCUUCCCCAGUCUCUGAAGGCGGUGGUGGGCUCCACAUUUUAGCUGGGAAUGAGCUUGCCGGAGCCGAGCAAUCUGGACGGUCUGAUCAAGGCGCCAAAGAGAUCCGGAUGCUCGUCGCCGAUCAUCCACAAAACGGUGAAAACAAAGCUGUUCCAGAAACCGAGAGCUAUGUAGCUGAAACCUUUAGUUUCACCGGCAAAGAAGGGGAAGAGGAAAGAGAUGAUCAGAAAGAGAAUCCCAUAGGCUCCGCCAGUGAUCUCCACGGAAAAUUCACCGGCGGAGGUCCAGACGGUGGGAACUCGAAACUAAUGCCACCGGCGAGUGUGAUGACCCGUCUGAUUCUAAUCAUGGUGUGGCGGAAGCUGAUCAGAAACCCCAACACAUAUUCAAGCCUCAUCGGUUUAAUCUGGUCGCUGAUUUCAUUCCGGUGGCAUGUGGCCAUGCCGCAAAUAAUAGAGAAAUCAAUCUCCAUACUCUCUGACACAGGACUUGGAAUGGCUAUGUUUAGCUUAGGUAUUUUUAUGGGACUACAACCAAAGAUGAUAGCAUGUGGGAACUCUGUUGCUGUUUUUUCCAUGGCCAUCAGAUUCCUAACUGGGCCUGCUGUCAUGGCCAUCGCUUCCUUUGCCAUCGGCUUACGUGGAACUCUCCUCCGUGUCGCCAUUGUUCAGGCGGCAUUGCCUCAAGGAAUUGUACCGUUUGUGUUUGCUAAAGAGUACAACGUCCAUCCAGCAAUUCUGAGCACAGGAGUGAUAUUUGGGAUGCUGAUAGCGCUACCCAUUACUUUGCUCUACUAUGUUCUGCUGGGUCUGUAAACUGGUUUCAACUUGGAAUGAAUUUCUUUCAUAUUUCUUAAUGGUUUUGAGAUGAAGAAGAAGAUGAUAGAAUAUAUAGAGAAAAAGUUUGACAAAAGUUGAGAUGGAAGCCCCGAAAGAUGUCAAAGUUUCAUCAGCUUUACAGAAGAUUUUAGAACAAAGAGAAGAAAAAGGCAUCCGCUCAAGGGAGAGACAUAAAAGGAAAACCCAACCCAGCCAGGAAAGGCAAAUCUUCGAUCGUUGCCAUUUUGGGUGUAAAUUUCUGACUCAAAUGGGAGAUCAAUAGGUUUCUUAAUUAGUUUUUUUUUUUUUUUUUUUUUU